AUGUCGCCACCGGAAGCACCCGCAAGCCCAGCGCUUCCCGGCCCUGGAUCUGAGCCUAGAGGUGCGGAUGCCUCCGAGGACGAGAACACAAGCGAGAACAAGAACAACUCGACAGCUCAAGCUCAAGCUCCAGCACAUGCCGCUGUUGAGUCUGACUCUGGCGCGGUCGAUGCGAAUCCAAGCGCCAGUGCGAACGAGGAUCACAGCGACGACGACAAGCAAGGCGCCGAGACUCGAGCCAUGACGACAGAACCAGAACCAGACACAACGACACCUCCCGCCAACCCUCCCUUCGGCGAUUCCCCCAAAGAAGCAGCCGCUGAUAUCCAUCUCCAUACAAGCACCCCUAGCGCACCCGGCGCAGACAACAACAAGCCUCCUCAGCACUCUCCAGACUCACCGCUGGACAUGGCCAGCGACGGGGCCGGCAGCAGACCGACAAAUGCGGAGCUCGAGCAGGGCUCUGGCUCUGUCUCCGACGCUGGCUCGGCAUCAGGCACUGCUGAAGCCAAAGACAGCUCCAGCUCCAGAGCCAAAGAGAAAGCUCCUGCACACGGGAUUCACGACACACACGAGACCAUGGCCGAGCCUACAGACAACAUCUCUUCCUCCGUCCUGACCAUCAAGGCCACCGUUGCGAGCCCGUCUUCGCCGUCUUCGCCCAUGCAGCCCGACUACCCAACCACGCAGCUUCUCGUGCCCGAGCAUCCCAACUAUGUCGACCCAACGCCGCCCACGCCCAUGGCCUCCCGACCUCCCUCUCGCGCCCUCUCCACAGCCCGAAGCGACGACGCAUCUCCCACCAGAUCCGGUCCCGAGUCGGACGAUAAGAGCGAGGAUGACCAGGAAGGCUCACGGUCCGAGAUUCAGAGCAUCAUGGAGCAGUUUAGCGAGUACGGAGGCGGUCCUGAUGCCGACGAAGUCAUGAGUCCGCGCCUGGAGAUUGCUUCGCCCAUGCUGGGAUCUUCUCUGCAGCAUCCGCCUCGAAAAUCCAGCCUCGAGCCUCUGUCGCCCUCGCUUGCCAGCCAGCUUCAGGGACUCAACGCCCUACACAUCUCGACGCCUGGUGACGACGACCAUGGGCCUCCUGUGCCCCCUAAAGACGGAUCCAUGGGUACGCCUCCAAGACCCAAAGACGCACGACCUCUGCCCAACAACGUCGCAUCCCCAGCAUCUCCUACCAUGUCCAUGCACAGGCCGCCGCCUCCAGAGCCCGAGCCCGAACCUUCUCUACCCUUCGACUUCCACAGAUUUCUAGAACAGUUGCGGAACAAAAAGGCGGAUCCUGUAGCGAGAUAUCUCAAGUCAUUCCUCUUCGAGUUUGGGAAACGCCAGUGGAUGGUUCACGAGCAGGUCAAGAUCAUUAGCGAUUUCCUAGCCUUCAUCGCCAACAAGAUGUCGCUGUGUGAGGUAUGGCGGGACGUGUCGGAUGCAGAGUUUGAUAACGCUCGGGAAGGCAUGGAAAAGCUCGUCAUGAAUAGGCUCUACACACAAACCUUUUCACCAGCCAUUCCGCCGCCCAAGCCGAUACCCGGAGCAAAGCCUAGGAGGAGAGGAGGCGAUCCGCCACUGGGCCCUGGUCGGAGAGGCCAGCACCAGGAGGACGUCGAGCGAGACGACAUUGUGACGCAGAAAAUCAACAUUUACGGCUGGGUUAAAGAAGACCAUUUAGAUAUCCCACAAGUCGGGGAGAGCGGCAGGCGUUUUCUGAAACUGGCGCAACAAGAACUCUUAAAGAUCAAGUCAUAUAGAGCCCCCAGAGACAAGAUCAUUUGCGUCUUGAACUGCUGCAAAGUCAUAUUUGGCCUCCUAAAACACAACAAGUCCGACUCGUCAGCCGACUCCUUUAUGCCACUGCUCAUCUACGUAGUGCUCCAGUCGAAUCCGGAGCAUCUGGUUUCCAAUGUGCAGUAUAUUCUGCGAUUCAGAAAUCAGGAGAAGCUCGGUGGCGAGGCCGGCUACUACCUCUCCUCUCUUAUGGGUGCAGUCCAGUUCAUCGAAAACAUGGAUCGAACCUCUCUCACCAUCACCGAUGACGAGUUUGAGAAAAACGUCGAGGCAGCCGUCUCCGCCAUUGCAGAGAAGCACCAAGCAAUGUCUCCAACGGGAUCACGCCCACCCCAGCAGAUAUUCAACGAGAAAUCUUCAUAUGCUGAGGCCCGUUCCUCUCUCGACGGCGCAAGCUCAUCUGCCCCACGUCGCUCAACAGACCAGAAUGAAGUCGACCUCACCGCGCCCAUCACCGGCCUCCUGCGGACUAUUCAGAAUCCCCUCACCACCAUCGGCCGCAUGUUCUCAGACGAUGGCGGAUCAUCAGCACCUCGGCCGCCCCCGCCGCCACCCAUCGGCCGUCCCUUGGGGUUUCCUGAUUCAGUUCCCCUGAGGACCAGCACAGACGACCAAAGAGACAGCGGUCGGCGCGAUUCAAGAUACGCUCUCCCCGCAGAGGAAGCAGCGGCCCGACAAGCAAGCGCCGAGGUGGCCGAAGCACAACGCUUACACCGCGCUGAGCAUGCCAACGUUGUAGAGACGCUGGCCGGCAUGUUCCCGGAUCUGGAUAAGGACAUAAUUAGCGAUGUGGUCUACCAGAAGGAGGGAAGAGUUGGUUUGGCAGUCGAUGCGUGCCUUGCUUUAUCCUCGUAG